UCCACCACGAUCGGGAUGCCGGGGUCUAAAGAGCGCAGGCGCAAACAGCCGUCGGUCUUUGCCACGUUGAACCUCCGCCUGAUAGACACGAAACCGAUUUCCUAUAACAAAAUGAAGAUCUUUGGACUGUUCUGUCUGGCCGCUCUCAGUCUUACCGUGAGAGCAGAAAUCAUUGAAGAUGAGAACGUUCUGAUACUGACGAAUGACAACUUUGACGAAGCUGUGAAAGACAACGCGUUCAUCCUUGUUGAAUUCUACGCACCAUGGUGCGGCCACUGCAAGGCGCUGGCGCCCGAGUACGCCAAGGCUGCCACCCAGCUGCUGGACGAGAAGUCCGAGGUCCGGCUCGGCAAGGUGGACGCGACCGAGGAGAGUGCGGUCGCGGAGAGGUUUGAGGUGCGCGGCUACCCGACGAUCAAGUUCUUCAAGAACGGCCAGCCGACAGAGUACUCAGGUGGCCGUGAUGCCGACGGCAUCAUUGCCUGGCUGAAGAAGAAGACCGGCCCGGCAGCGAAGACACUCGAGACUGCCGACGAUGUCAAGACCUUCAUCGACUCUGCCGACGUCGUCGUCGUCGGCUUCUUCAAGGAUGCCGAAUCAGAGCAGGCCGGGAUUUACAAGCAGGUUGCUGAUGGCUUCGAUGAGCUACAGUUUGGCCUCCUCUCAGACGAGUCCCUGUUUGCAGAGCAUGAAGCUGAGGAUGGCAAGGUCAUUCUCUUCAAGAAGUUUGACGAUAAGCGCACCGAGUACAUUGGUGACCUGACCCCUGACGCCGUGUCCAGCUUCAUCAAGACUGAGAGUCUGCCACUUGUCAACGAGUUCUCGCCCCAGACUGCACCAAAGAUCUUCAGCGGAGACAUCAAGACACACAUCCUCUACUUUGCCGGAAAGACCAAGGACUACUUUACUGAGACGUAUGAGUCCUUCAAGACACCAGCGGUGGAAUUCAAGGGCAGAGUGCUGUUCAUCCACAUCGACACGGACAACGAGGAGAACGAGCGCAUCCUUGACUUCUUCGCGAUCAAGCCCGAGGAGCUGCCGACGACGCGUCUCAUCGUGCUCGGUGAGGACAUGACCAAGUACAAGCCGAGCGACAUGGACACCGUCACCACUGACGGGGUCAGGGACUUCAUCCAGAGCUACCUGGAUGGAAACCUGAAGCCACACUUGAUGAGCCAGGAGCAGCCGGAGGACUGGGAUACAAACGAAGUUAAGGUGCUUGUGGCAUCCCACUUCGAUGUUGCACGGGACCAAACCAAGAACGUCUUUGUUGAAUUCUACGCACCGUGGUGUGGUCACUGCAAGCAGCUUGCUCCGAUCUGGGAUGAGCUGGGUGAGAAAUAUAAGGAUGACGACAGCAUUGUCAUUGCAAAGAUGGAUUCCACAGUCAACGAGAUUGAGGACGUUAAGAUCCACAGCUUCCCUACACUCAAAUACUUCCCCGCUGGAAGCGACAAGGUAAUCGACUACAACGGCGAGCGAACGUUGGAUGCAUUUGUCAAGUUCUUGGAAUCGGGAGGCGUAGAAGGAGCAGGGCCCGAGCAAUAUGACGAGGAACUCGAUGAAGAGGAAGAAGAGGAGGAGGAGGAACUGAAGAAAGAUGAGUUGUAAUUAUACCCAUGAUAAAUCAUCGGUAACGCAAGGCUAACUCCGAGAAAGGUGGUCUACGACGAGCCAAGAAAGUUCUAUUUCACAGAAGAGGGAGUCUUACCUCGUAAAAAAAAUAUACAAAGAAAUGUUAUAGUUUCGUUGUUAUAUCUCGCCUUCAUCUAGUUUCGUGUGGAAAUUAAAAAUUUUUUAAAAUAGGUAUCGUGACACGUUGGCUGUUAGUCACUGUGGUCAUCUUCCUGUUAGUUCUUGGUGUGGGUGUGCUUUUUACGGAAGAGUAGAAAGAAAUUAUUGCCCUGUUUAUUAGGGUGUGUUUAAUGCGCAGUUGCUGGCCUCCUCUGUGUUAGAAAUAGGGAGAGGAGAAAUGAGUGUGGCGCAGAGAGCAUGGUACAUGGAAGGAAAUUGUAAGCGAGGGACGCUCAUCUGUUUUAUUGCUUGUAUGUUGUCGCUUCGUUGUGCUCGACCUCUCUCUCGGCACCGAAUGUUGCGUGUAUCGAAUGUCCGAUUCAAUUUCAGUGAGUGAGCGUCAUAUGAAGACGUGUCUAUGAGGCUGUUGGACAUAUUUUCCGUUCUCUCUGUUUGCUGUACGUUUAAUGUGUCAUUAAAGGUCGUGGUGGUUUUUCAUAUAUUUUUAUAUAGACUUUUUUCGAUAUGUCGGAAGGGUACUGGGCAGGUAUUGCAUUCAGCGGGUAUGAUGAGAAUGAGAUUUUUUUAAUGGCCUGAAAGAUUGUUUGUUUUUAAACACCACGCGAUCAUUACAUGGUAGAUGCGAUACAUGGGAAAUCAAGAUGGGAGAUCAGAUCAUCGUUAAGUAAUGUAUGCAUGUGUGGCUUUUAA